UAUGGCCCCCGCCCGACACCACUUCCCGCACUCGUCGCUCGGCUGGGGCAUGUAACGGUCGCCGUCGCCAUGGAGACGCCCGACACGAGGGUUCUCCUUUCCCAGUCAGAAGAAGCUCUGGCCUCUCCUUUGCCAAACGAGAGCAUAAACUGUCCACUGCCAAAUUUAACACCAAGACACCAAGACCUGAUUGCCACGCCGUGCGGCCCUAUCAAACGAUGGUCCGAACUGUCGUCCCCUGUCAAGAUCUACUUCUGUGUCACCAUCCUUUCGCUGUUGAGUGUCAUUGGAUUAACCAUAGAGACCCUCAUCCAGCAGAAAAAUGAAGAUUUUACUGUGUCUCUCAUCCAGAUCAUUGGCCUCGUGUUCUGCAUCUAUUACGUCAGCCGAGGAAUCCUGCAGGAGAAUCGCCAGGAGAUGGUGGUCUUUGUCCUCUCUAUCGCCUUGGUCAUGCUGCGCUCCGUGAUCAACUUCACCGUCCUCCCCGCCAAGCAGAAGACGGAGUUGCUGGCCCGCUUCGUCCUGAUCCUUCUGGUGGGGGCCUUUGACGUCAGCUGCGCCGUGAUCCUGAUCCAGAGCGAGAGUCGGAUGGCCUUCCGGGUGGGCGGGGCUUUGGAGAGCCUCCAGGCCCAGUAUUUCAUGCUGAACCUCUGCUUUUCCAUGCUGACCUUUGACCUCCAGGCUCAGCUCUGUUUGUCUGUCUUGCUGCUGACCACAACCCGAAAGAUUUCGAGUCUGCACAGUGUGUUCCUGGCUGCUGGGAUUUGCUGGGCGGUUCUCAAGGUUGCUUGUGGCAUCACUGCAAUCUUAAAAGAGUUGAAACCUCUGGCCUGGAUUUUUGUGCUUCAGAAUUUACCAGAAGUGGCUUAUCUGGCAUAUCUGUUGUACGCAGUCAUAACAGAAUGGGGCCAAGGAAGCUCUUAUGCCCUGGAAGCGGCCAUCAUCACCUGCUCCUGCAUUUCGGUGACGAUCAAAAGCGUCCUGUUUUGGGCAAUGUUCCACGUCUAUCAGAGCUUUGGGCAAGGCCUGAGAGAGAGGAUGUUUUCUUCCUAUGGAAGGAUCGAUUCGUGACCUGCAGCUCCGUUGCCAAACCGAUGUGCUCUUAUAGAGUGAAAAAUCUCGUUGGGAGAACCCGAUUCCCCCCUCCC